AUGGCUGCCAGUAAGUCGGUCAAGUUUGCGUACAAUAAUUCUGUAGUGAACUGGAUGCGCAAGUUCGCAUGGAAUCACCUCUGGGGAGGUCGUGAGUAUGGCUUGCAGUUCCAUGACACGUAUUUUGAGCCUGCUCCGGAAGUCACUGAGCGCCCUGCGGCGUCUCAACUUGAAGGAGCCUCAUCUUUUCGACCAAAGAAAAGAUCAAUGCGUAUCUGA